AAAGAAAAAGGGAGGCAAGACCGUGACGUACAAAAUGAAAUCAAUGAAUAUCUAAAUAUUAUCCAUUGAAAGAAGGCUAGAAACUGAGCAUUCGGACAGAGAGCAAUAUAAAUAGCAGUGAUCGUCGUAAAACCCUAAGCAGAAAAUGGGGAAGAAAAAGAAGAGAGGCGAAAGUGAAGCAGAAUGGGAACCCCUUAAUAUAGAGAGAAACAAAGAGCAAAAUGAUGUCCAUCUUGGGAACGGGGAUUCGCAGGAGCAGAAGAAGAAAAAGAAGAAAAAAUCUAAAGAGAUGGUGAAGGAAGAAAAUGUGUUGAAGGAAAAACCCACAGUUUCCAUAGCACUUGCUGGCUCAAUCGUUGACAACACUCAGUCACUCGAACUCGCUACACGGUUGGCUGGCCAGAUUGCUCGUGCUUCCACCAUUUUUCGGAUAGAUGAGGUUGUUGUAUUUGACAACAUAGGUAGUUCAGUGGACAGUUCAGAUCCAACUUUGGAGGACGGGUCAAAUGAUGAUGAAAGUGGUGCUGCGUUUCUUCUAAGAAUUUUGAAGUAUAUGGAGACACCUCAAUAUCUUCGGAAGAGUCUAUUCCCCAUGCACAACAACUUAAGAUAUGUGGGUUCAUUGCCACCACUUGAUGCCCCACAUCAUUUGCGGAAGCAUGAAUGGGCUCCCUAUCGAGAAGGUGUCACGCUAAAGGAUCGGAAUUUAACAUCUGGGGGAACACUUGUUGACGUUGGGCUUAGCAAGCCUGUUGCAAUUGAUCAAGUCAGUGGCCCAGGAAUAAGGGUGACAGUAUCCAUGGGAGCAGAGAGGAGCUUGGAUGCAGACAUACCACAUCAGGUUGUUUCUUCUUCAACACCUAGGGAGGAUGCUGGGAUGUAUUGGGGCUAUAAAGUAAGAUAUGCUCCAAAUAUAAGUUCUGUAUUCAAGAAUUGCCUAUACAAGGGAGGAUAUGAUCACGUAAUUGGUACCUCCGAGCAUGGUAUUGUAAUGAAGUCCUCGGAUCUGACUCUCCCAUCAUUCAGGCACCUGCUAAUUGCUUUUGGUGGACUUGCGGGGUUGGAAGAGUGUAUAGAAGAAGACAAUAACUUAAAGGGGAAAAGUGCGAAGGAGGUAUUUGAUUUAUAUUUGAAUACAUGUCCACAUCAAGGAAGCAGGACAAUUCGAACAGAGCAGGAAGCCAUCUUCAUUUCUCUACAAUACUUACAAGAGCCAAUCAACAGUGUCCUGCAGAAGUUUUAGGACCUUGGAAGUUACCAACUGCUUCAAGAACCCAGGAUACAUGUGAAGUCGGCUGUAUGACCUCUUCUAUGCUCAGAUAUUGAAGACAUUUCAAAGCGAGAAAAUCACAAGGUAUUGCAGCUGGUGUUGGCACCUCCUGGUUUGAGGAACUCGAGGUUAUUGCACCAUGAGUUGGUUUUGAAUGCGUCAAGGAAAAUUGACCUGAUUGUAUGUACUCUUCUGCCGGUGCUGCUAUAAGUACUCUGGCAAUGUCACCUGAAUCAAAAUUCUUGCCCUCCCAAAGUUGGACAGUCCUCAAGUUCUGUUACUUGUCCUCACCAUAGUUCGCACAUAACUGAGUUUCUUCUUUUGUUUCCUUUUCUGUACUCCAUUUUGACAUAAACCUAACAAAUGGGAGGUGGAACAAUCAUUAGAAGUUUGAACGUUGGAGUUUGAUCGGCUGGGUGUCAGUCUUCAGGUUCAACUGAACCUAUUGACUACUUUUUUAUUUUGUACCUCUAGUAUUAUAAGCCUCGUGAUGGCUUCCAUUCUAUAGAUUCUUGUCUUUUAUACAAGGGAAAAGGGUCAAAAAUACUCCUGUAUUUUGAAAAAUUGGUCAACUUUACCCUCAGUCAUUAUUUGGGGUCAUAUAUACUCCUGCUGUUAUGAAA